GUUGGGGGCAGGGGGGAGGUUCCAUGACAGUUGGGGGAGUUCCAGGAGGUUGAGACGUUGGCCAUGGACUCAUCCUCCGUCCUAGCUCCACCCUCUUCCUGGGAGGAAGAUCGCAAGUUCGUCCUGCGGGCCUGGUGUCUCAUCUUCAGCAUCCUCGCGACCCUGAUGGCGCUCACCAUGAUGGACGGGCGUAUGGCCUACAUGCAGGGCUCUCACACUGGCUAUGUGGGCAUCUGGAUUGACUGCAGGAAGCACCAGUGUGCCAUCCCGGGCCAAGUCACCGUUCUCAUCCACAUGAGCAUGGGCUGCAUGAUGCUGGCCCUGAUGCUGUGUCUGGUCCUCCUCCUCACCAUGGGCAUCUCCUUCUGGCCAGUCUUCCGCCGCCUUAACAAGAUCGACCUUGUCUUCAGUUCCCUCAGCUUCAGCGUUGGGUUCCUGAUUGUCCUCAGCCUCACGCUCUUUGUAGUCAACUGCGAGACACUGCGCCCGAGGCCACAGGUAUCCUACCUGGUGACCACCUACCUGUGCUGGGGCGCUGCCGCCCUGAUGCUGUGGGCCGGCACGCUGAGCUACCUAAACCAAGUGGGCAUGUGGAGCAAAGGGACGUACAGCCGGGAGCGGUGGGUGAGCCGCCGGCGGGUCACGACCCAGAGCACCCCAAGGCACGUAUCCGACCAGCAGUCAGACGCAGACCCCUAGCACACCGUGGACCUGCCCAAUUCACUCACCCCCCCAGGUUCCCCCCCAAGCCUCUCUAAGCAAUUGCACUCGAGCUUCUCGGAUCAUCUUGGCCACGAGUCCAGCAUUACACCUCCCUUGGGGCCCGCUCUCUAAGAACAGGCCACGCCCUGGGAGGACACUCUCGAGCUAGGGCCCACCCCUUGCAGCUCUGUUCCCGCCCACUGAGUCCUCGCCCCGCCCCCACCCCGAAGUCCGACACCGCCCCCUCCAGUUGUGUGCAGCCCCAGGCAGCGUGGCCAGUUGGUGCGGCCCCGCCCCCAAGCCUAGCUAGGCCUCGACCCCAGAGCCACACGCCAUCACGGGAAGUCCUCCCUCUCCGAGGUCCAGCCCCACACCCGGGUGUCCAGUCUGGCCGUGGGGGCAAAGGACAGCGCCCAGCAUUUGGUGUAGUCCCGCCCUUCUGCGGGACAGUCCCCUCCCCAGGAAGGUGUGGCUUGCAAUAACCUCCCUCUGUCCCCUUUCAGGCUUCCCAGACACAAUAAAACGUGGGCGCCCCCCAACCUCUCAGAGUCUGACCCUCUACUGCCCUCUCUGCCCCCAGGGCGAGCUCGGGCCCUGCGUGUGCGAACCGGUUCCGAGUCCUUGCCUCGCCCUUUGGGGUCUGAACCUUUCUCUGCCUGUUUACACCUGUCUCAGCCCCUCCCUUCCCCUUCGCUCAUGGCUCCAACCUGGGCCAGGUGGGUCCCGAGCUUCCAAGUGCCCGGCGUCUGGAAGCCCAGAUGAUACCAGGACUUGA